CCGUUCAGCAUCGCAGAAGCAUUUUUUGGCGUGGUCCGGAAGAAUUUACGGAUUUUCUGCUUGAUUUUAUUGCGAAAAAUCUAUUCGCAAACGCCUCUGCCGAACCGGAAUCAGAAUACAGGAUACCCGUGUGUGCAAUUGAACCUACAGUGGUCCUCUCUGCAAAGUUCACGGACUGUCGGAAUCAAAAUGGUGCUCGGAUCAAGUUCAGUUAUGUAUACAAGCAGACUCCUGAGCAGGAAGUUAAUGGAACAAUGUACCAACACAAGUUGAAUGAAAUUGUAUUGAUAAUGUGUUUGGCGGUUUACGUUCUUUGUUUUGUUUUCGGAAUAUAGUUUGUUGACCAUCCUCUUAACGGGAAAUUUACCAAUCCGAUAACGAGUGGGUUUAAGUUUAAUCAAUGCGCUUGAAUCUGUUCGUGAGCCGGCCGGGUGCUCCCGGUCAAGAAACGAAGAGGUAGAGGAAAGACUCGAUUGAAACUAAACGACAGUCGUAUUUGAAUACAAGGAGGAUGGUAAGUGCGCAUAUGUUGGAACUCUUCAGUCAAGUUCAGUAGAACUAAAAGUAGUAAUUUGUAAUUGGUGCUUGUUUGAACAAAAAAUAAAGUCCUGAAAUGAUCAGGGAGAAAGUGUCCCCGCCUCCUCGAGGGCUUUUACUCGAUGUUUGUACGAAGCCAUCGGAACCAUGGAUAGUGACGAUUCCAGGCCCGGCUCGUCGGCAUCCAAUAGCUCCGACUCGGAUAGCCCGUCCAGUCCGGGUGUUCCCGGUGGUGCCCCGAACGCACAAGCGGACGGUGCCGAAGGUCGUGCUUCCCGCUCCCGAUCUAGGUCUCGUUCCCGCUCUAGGUCUCGUUCCCGGUCUAGGUCUCGGUCGCGAUCGGGCUCGCGUUCGCGUUCCGGAUCUCAUUCGCGCUCCAACAGUCCGGCAUCGAAGAAAAACAGUCCACCGUCGAGUCCGAAAAACUACGACGAUGCAGCGUCCCGAUCGAAUUCGCCUUCUUUCCGGAGUGCGGAGAAUUCGCGAAAUUCUAUGCCGCAGAAAUCACCCCGGAGCCGCAGUGGCUCACCGGAUGGUCGGUACAAUCGGUCACGGUCGGGUUCGAAGGAAUCGAAUCGAUCGGAUACUUCGCCGAAACGCCAUCGUCAUCUGUCACGGCACUCCAGUGCUUCUAAUCUUAGCGAGAAGUUGAAGGGAGAAGAGAUCUCGGAUUGCGAGAUGGAGUCCGAUCAGGAGGACAAGGACAAGAGCAACGACGACAAGAUAGAAGACAGUGAAAUGCCUUCCGCACACAGUGCAGUUAAGGACACGCUAGACAUGAGCCACGAGGAUCUGAGCGAUGUGAGUCUCGAAAGUGAGAAUGAACAGGAAAUCGGGAAGGACAGCGAUCGUGAGAGUGACAAGGAGGACGCUGAGGAAGAGAGAGAUGAUGAGCCGAAGCAGCGUACCGAGGAGGAAGAUGAUCCACAGUCCAUGGAGAACGAAAAGAUGAAGAUAACCGAUUUGCGCCAGAAGUUGGAAGAGAAGAAAAAUCAAUUGCGGAGCAUGGAGGAAAAGCAGCAAACCAAUGGGUCUCUGAGAGCUCACGACAACUUGUUGGAUGCGGAUUUGAUGGAUACAAAAAACGAUGAGGAUGCUUUAGAUUUCGAGGCAGAGGAGGGUGAAUGUAAUGAUCCGCCGAAGGAGGUGGAGAAAACUGAAACUGGUAAGAUUCCUGUUCAAGCUCCGGAAUCUGAUAAGAAGAAGCCUUCCGACGUUGAGUUGGAAGAAGGGGAAGAACUGGAAGAAGGCGAGGUCUCGGAUGAAGAUGAAAAGAGACCGGAAGAGACGGAACCCAAACCGGUUUGUCGCUUUUACACUCGUGGUCAAUGUACUUGGGGAAUGAGUUGUCGAUUUCUACAUCCCGGAGUAACGGAUAAGGGAAACUAUACCAUGUUCGAUAUGGUACGUCCGGUUCCGAUCCCGCAUCAACCUCCACCAUACGCCGCCCAUCCGGUUGUAUAUCCAACGGACUAUCGCAUUGAGCGUCCUCCGAUGCAUCAUAUUGCUCCGCACCAUGCCGUUCCAUAUAGUGCCCCUGGUGCACUACCACCACAAGUCAGAGCCCAGGAUACGGUAGGUGAAAGCGCCUGGGAACGUGGUCUCCGAACGGCAAAGGAAAUGAUGCGCAAAGCUACCAAGCGUAAGGAGCAGGACAUCGACUUUGAAGACAAGAAGAUGAAUCUUUCUCUUACUCAGGACGAAUUGGAGAAGGACAACUAUUAUACCAGAGGUUCACCAGAGUCACCAACAUACAGUGCACGUCCAGCGGUUGCAGCUGUAUCGUAUGAGUUCAAUGCACCUGUGACCGCUAAGUUUACUCGCCCUGGGCCAGCUUCUUUCGAGGAGGACGCUUUCGGUCGCACUCACCGCUACCGAGAGCUGCCUUCUCAUCGGAUGCCACAGUAUGAGGAUGAGGAUCCAACUAAACGUCGCAAUCGGGCUACUCGUGAAGUGAUCGUUCAACGGGCUGAUGAAUGGAGUGAUCCAUGGAUGCGUUCUAAAUCACCUGGCCGUGAGAAGCGAUCAUCACGCCGUGACAGACGCAGCUACAGCAAUAGUUCAUCGUACAGUAGUUCCAGCAGCAGCUCUCGAUCCGGAUCCAGUUCGGAUUCCAGUCGUUCACCGUCCCCCAGCACAAAACGCACCCGCUACGAUAGUCAUCGGUCAAAGGAGAGCGAGCGCCACACGACACACGUACGGAAGGUUAUUCGUACGCGAUCUCCCAGCGCAAGCCCGAGGCGAGUUCGAAAAGUUUCACCAGUUGUUGCUAAGAAACGCAAUGCUUCACCUCCUCCUCCAGAAAAGAGAGUUGUAGAAAAAGUGGUGACCACCAAAAGGAAAAAGUCCUCGCCGGUGCCUAAAUCGUCCACUGAAAAACGGCGACGACGAUCGAGUUCUUCUGGUUCAGGCUCGUCUGAUUCCAGCGAUUCUGGUUCUGAGAGUUCUUACUCUUCCAGUUCUUCGACGUCGUCUCGGGAAAAGUCAAAAAAAUCCAAGGUUUCCGAGAAACCUUCAAAGGCGGCUGUACCGUCAAAGAAAGCUGAGCUAAAGAAGUCAUCGGGCGAUUCAAAACCGAACGCUCAAGUCAUUCCACCAUCAAGUGCAGCGUUAGAGAAGGCGGCUGCCAGUGCCAGUGCCGCGAAAAAAUCUUCUAGGAGGGAAGAACUCCUUAAACAGUUGCGGGCUGUGGAGGAAGCCAUUGCACGGAAGCGGACAAAAAUUUCCUAAAUCUCAUCAUACCUUAUUACGGAUUUCCUUUCGACCCUACUAAUCACCGUUUAAGAAUAUUCCAUUUCGAUCAUUUUGACCAGAGCAAAGUUAACCUUAACCGUAGAACGUAUCCGUGUAAAUCUCCUGAGAGAGGUUUGUCGUUUAAAUAGUCUUAUCAUUUCCAACCCUAUGUCAACGAAUGGGAACCGACUAAAUUGCUUUUAGUCAUCCGUUCAACACAUUUUCGCAACAAUAGCUUGAUUCUUUCAAACAAGCGAAUCACUUAAUUGCCGAUUGUGUGACAAAGGUUAGCGAUCAAACAUUAAAAAGCUCAGAUCCCAUCUUCUCCCAUGUAGCACUACCGUCAUACUAAAUACAAUGCAUGUGUGACUUUGGCGUAAACGUAAACUGUUUCUUUGCAUUAAAAAGAACUACUAUAGUGAUACUGGUAAUAAUAAGUAAACAAUAAAAGUUAAGAUGUCAUCAA